AUGGCGCCGGUGACGGAGCAUCAAGGUUCGUUCCUAAGUCGAAUCAGCCGUCGCAAUCAAAUCGUUUCCAUGGACGUUAAUCACGAGCAAGAGCUCGAGGAACUCGAAGAUUUCCAGAAACACGUAGCUGAGCGUUUCACGGAGUUACUAACUCCGUCUAGCAUCACCACCGCCGCAGCAGAUUCGUCGGAAUCCGACCCGAUUCUCUCUAUCCAGUGGCUAAGGAAGCUUCUCGAUGCUUUCAUGUCUUGCGAAUCGGAGUUUCUCUCGGUCUUAACUUCGAAUCCGGCUCAGAUCUCGAAAUCCCCGUUGGAUAAGCUUCUUCCGGAGAUGCUUGAUCGGAUUGUGAAGGCGCUUGAUAUCUGUACAGCUGUAGUCAACGGCGUUGACUCGGUCAGACAAAGCCAGCGUCUUGCGGAGAUUGCCGUUACGGCGUUAAAACAGCACCCGUUAAGCGACGGGAGCGUCAGGAGAGCCAAACGUGCUCUCACAAGCCUCCUCGCCGGCUUAAACGCCGAUUAUAAAGAUAAAAACGGCGGUAGCAGCGGCGGUGGUGGAAGCGGUAGGAGGGUAACGUCCGAGCAAUGGUCCUCGUUUGGCCGGCGUAGCGGUGGAGGAGGAGGAGGAGGAGGAGGGUGGUGUGUGAGCAAGAAUUGGUCAGUGGCGAAGCAGAUUCAAGCAAUGACGGCGAAUCUAGUAGCGCCACGUGGCGGAGAAGCGUCGCCGAUAUAUAUAAUGAACGGUGUGAUGGUAAUGGUGAUGUGGACGCUAGUUGUAGCGGUUCCUUGUCAGACAAGUAACGGUCUAACUGUUCAUUUGCCGUUGCCGAAGAAUCAGGUAUGGGCCAGCGCCGCCGCGAGCAUCCACGAGAGGAUCGGAGAAGAGCUGAAGCGGAAGGAGAAGCGUUGUGUUGGUGGAGGAUUGAUGGAUGAGAUGCAGAGGAUGGAGAGGAUUGGGGUAAAGCUGAUGGAAUUCAGUGAAGGGUUUAGGUUUAGUGGGGGGGAGGAAGUGGUGGCGGAAGUGGCGGAGAUGGAGGAGAUUUGCCGGAAAAUGGAAGAAGGGCUUGAAGGGUUACAGAGACGAGUUAGAGAAGUGUUUCAUAGGUUGGUGAAAAGUAGAAGUGAGAUUCUUGAAGCCAUUGAUCACAAUCAUAUCUAA